AUUCACUUUCUCUUCACGAGGCCAUCAUCACCACUAUCAGUUACCCCCGUCGCUGGGGAUGGGCGUGACUCGCAGACUCCGACUCCGACGCCCGUGAGUGAGUGAGUGCGUGAGUGGGUGACAAUGGUCAAAUUCUACCAGAGCAACUACAGCUACGACUAUGGCUUCAGCGCCGUUUCUUUGGCCUACUUCCUCCGCUAUCCCAAUCCAUACUCUCGCCAUGUUGCAUCGACAGACACGAUUGAGCGACACUACGAUCCGGAGACCCAGCGCUUGACGACAGUGCGUCUGCAUCUGAAGAAGAGCCGGCUACCUGCGGGUGUACUCGCCCUUCUUCCCCGAAGCGCCCUGGGCGCGAGCGAAGAUGGCAGCACCCAGAGCUUCAUACUCGAAAAGAGCGUGGUUGACGUGAAGGAGGGAUGGAUGGCAACGGAUAGCCGGAAUUUGGACUGGAACAACGUUCUGUCGGUCAUCGAGAAGCACACCUAUCGCAGGCCCGAAGCCCUUGCCGCCACCGACGUGAAUGAGGUGCGAACCGAUGUGGAUGUGAGUGUGACCCUCAAGAGUAGGAUUGGAGAGCAGAUCCGGAAGAGGCGGGAACGGUGGGGCCAGCAGGCGAACGCAACCUCUGUGGUCGGCGCCAGCGAUGAAGAGCCUGCAAAGCAAGGCUUCUUCUCGAACUGGACUUCGGGAGCUGUCCGUACUGCGAUUGAGAGCAUUGGAAUGCAGCGAACAGAGAAGAGCCAGCCCAAGGCGCAGAAGGGAAUGUAUGUCGUAUUGGCUCGACUGCGCGAAGGGGGCGUGCAAGCUGUAAUGGAAGGCAUGCGGAAAGAUCGCGAAUUGGCCUUGUAGUAUUGGCCAAACGAUGACCCGCCUUUCACCCAAGACGCCGACAGAAACACUGAUUUCGACAACACGAAAGAGAGCAGCACAAACUACGAGGAACCACACGAUGAGCAGGAGAAGCCCAAAAAUGUAUGAAUAUCGCGAGCGAGCAUUAGCGCUGGAGUUGGAGUGGCACUGUGCUACGAUCGAGUCUUCGCUUCAUGCUCAUGUUUGCAUUAAGAUUGAGUUGAUUAUUAGGGGAAGAGUCGUCUGUACAAACGUUGAGAGGCCCUAAGCCUGAUGGAAGGUCUCCACUAUAUACCAGUCAUUACUACCUUAC